GACUAAGUAAAAAUAUGAAAUUCAAUUUAGAAAUUUAAGAUAAAAGGCGGAGAGAUCAAAAGCUGUGUUCUUUGAUCUAUUCUUAUACAUAUAUUUUAAUGGAUAAUAACGUUGCUACUAAGUUCCCCAAAUUGGCUCCAAAGGGACCCUCUGGUGAAUUGUUGUUGGCUAAUGAAAGAGCUAAAGGUACCUUUGAUGUUGAGGAACUGUCAAAGUAUAUGUAUUCCGAAGAAUGGCUUCAAAAGAUGAGCAAGGUCCUUCAAGUAUUAGAAACAGAACCUGCGUUUGAUAAGACGAAUAGAUAUUAUCAAACUCGUAAAGAAAAGAUUACAACAUCUCUAUGGAAAGAGAAACGCUUGAUUGAGAUUGCUAGGGAACAACAAUGGGAUGAAACAGAUGUUCAAAUAGCCAACUUUUUAUAUGACCAAUCUACGCCCUUUACCUUACAUUACAACAUGUUCAUUCCUACAUUGAGAAAUCAAACGACAGAUGAACAAAAGAAGUUGUUCCUUGAACCUGCAUUAAAGCAUGAAAUCAUUGGUUGUUAUGCACAAACAGAGCUCGGUCACGGAUCAAAUGUUCAGGGACUGGAAACCACGGCCACUUAUAUACCAGAGACUCAACAAUUCGAACUUCACUCUCCUACCUUGACCUCUGCUAAAUGGUGGAUCGGUGGUCUCGGUAAGGCAGCUACUCAUGCCAUCGUCAUGGCUCGUUUGAUUACCAAUGGCAAAGAUAUGGGCCCUCACCCAUUCUGUGUUCAGAUUCGUAGCCUGGAAGAUCAUCGUCCGUUGAAGGGCAUCAUUGUGGGUGAUAUCGGACCCAAGUUUGGUUUUAAUUCAGUCGACAAUGGUUUCAUUAUGUUUGAUCAUUACCGUGUUCCUCACGUUGCCUUCUUAGCCAACUAUUCCAAGGUCAACAAGUUUACGGGAGAAUAUACCAAACCACCCAAUGCCAAGUUAUCCUAUGGUACCAUGGUCUUUGUCCGUGCUCACAUCGUUAUGAACGCUCGGGUUGCUAUGGCUAAGGCAGCUACUGUCGCUGUCCGUUAUUCCGCCGUCCGUCAGCAAUUUGUGGAUGCAGCCAACCCUCGCAAAUGGGAUAACAAAGUGAUCGAGACGCCUGUUUUGGACUAUACCAUGCAGCAGUAUCGUCUGCUCCCUGCUGUUGCCUCUGCCUAUGCCUGUUUCUUUACGGGACGUGAAAUGAUGCGUUUAUAUGACCUGAAUCAAGAAGCUGUCAAGGCCGGCAACUUUAACCUCCUGGCUGAUCUUCAUGCCAGUUCUUCUGGUCUCAAAAGUUUGACGACUACUAUGGUCAUUGAUGUGAUCGAAGACUGCCGACGUGCCUGUGGUGGUCAUGGCUACAGCAUGUUCUCUGGCUUGGGUCAAUUCUAUCAAGAUACACUUCCCAACGUCACUUGGGAAGGAGACAAUUAUAUUCUUACACAACAAACUGCACGUUACUUGCUCAAGACAUUCCGUAAUGUGAUUGCUGGAAAGGCUGAGCCAUCAGAAUACAAUCAGACGAUCAAUUACCUUACUCAAUUCAUGCAAAAUCCUAAAGCCAAGUGCCCCGCUACUAAACCAAGCGACUUCCUGAACCCCGAACUGGUCCUGUCUGCCUUUGGUUUCCGUGCUGCCUAUGGUAUUGCCAAAGUAGCCGAACAACUCGAUCGUCACGGCCGUAGCUGGAACUCAAUGUUGGUUGAAAUCGCCCGUAUCUCCAAGGCACACUGUCAGUUCAUCUUGGUCCGUAACUUUAUUGUUGCCUUACAAAACGACCGUCAAUUAGCCCAACCCCAAUACAAGCCUAUAGUCCGUGUACUUCGCUUGUUGGCUAGCUUGUUUGCUCUUCAUACGAUGGAAAAGGAGCUCUCUGAAUUUUUGGUAGCUAGCUAUCUCUCUUCAGAACAGAGCGAGAUGUUAAAGCAACAAGUGAUUCAACUCUUGGAUGAAAUUCGACCUGAAGCUGUUUCUCUUGUAGACGCAUUUGCCUUGCCUGAUUAUUACUUGCAUUCGGCCUUGGGACGGUUUGAUGGUAGAGUAUAUGAAUCAAUGACAGAGAUGGCAGAAAGAGAACCUCUGAAUCAUACCUUGGUAGUUGAUGGAUAUGAGGAAUGUAUUAAACCCUUUAUUAAGAACAUAACAACAAGCAGUCAGAUCGAGUUAGCUAAACUAUAGACUUUUUUAUAUCCUUCUUCAAUAAAUUGCAUUAUUAUUGUAAAUCCUUGUGAGAGUGUCACAUGUUAUUUUCUUUAUAUACUCCCUCCCUUUAUUAUUAUUGCUUCUCUCUCUUCUUUUAAAAAUAAAUGACUGAAAACAAUAAUAAUCAGCCACUGAUAGCUGAUAUUUUAUUACCCGAGAUUGAAAAACAAUUGAUUCAAGAUGAUUCACUUUGGCCAAAUAUUAAGGGAUUAUACGUCAUUCAUAUCACCAAGAAGAAACAGCCUAUGGCUACAUGGUACUUGUUAUUACAAGGAAAU